CUUUUCUUUCCGAGUAUUUCAGAAUGAUUUAGAAAAAUUUCCUGAAAUAGGAAUUGUUGAAUAUGCUAAAUUACUCUUUCGCUGGGAAUAAAUUUCCGGUGUAUUACUUUGUCUAAAAUUACUGUGGAAUCGGGUUCGGAUAAUAAAUUACGCUCGAGUAGAUAAAUUUGUGAAUUUUUAAAAAUUCCAUCGUCGUCAUCAUGGUGAAGAAACGUGGAAUUGUUUGGAAUUAUUUCGAGAAGAAAGUCGAUGGCACGCAGGUAAUUGCAUUCUGUAAAUUUUGCGAUCAAUCUUACACGCAAAAUGCAACGCGUAUGGAGAAGCACAUGGAGCGUUGUCCAAAAUGUCCGGACGAUAUUAAAAUGCAAUUUAUACAAGUUGGCGUUACAAAGAGAUCGAAAGCGAGAAUUCUCGGAAAUUCAAUGGAGAAUUGGGUGAAACAAGAUAAUUCAAUAGAAGGUAAUAUUACCGAAACUGAAGUUGAAGAAAUAGACAAUUGGGAAUACAGAAAUCAGAAUUAUGCAGAUGAAGGUUCGAGUAGUGCGCCACAAACUGUUGAACUGAUUAUGCAGGACGAUGAAUCCUGGGUUGGCCGUGAAACUGAAUUGGAAAAUGCCGAUCAUGAGGAGACAAUAACGAAAGCCGAGUGGAUCGCCAGCCAGGCGAGCGGACAAUCAAAUGCCUCUUCUCAAGAGCAACCACGACAAUCACAGAGGAAAGUUUACAUACCAAGGCGAAUUUCACAGUGGCCUAUUAUGACACCACGUGUGCAUUCAAAUCAUUCACCUUUACAGAGUAAAAUUUAUCAGGAACAACUUUUAGAGAAGCGUGCAUUGAGAAGAAUUGCUGAACUUGAAUUGAGACGAAAGACAAUGGAAUUUGAAAGAUUUCAAUGGGAAUAUGAGAGAGAUAAGGCCCAAAGUGAAGUUAAAUGGGCCCACGAUACACGAAUGAUGCAAUUAAAAGAAGAACGCGAACGACAAUUAAUUGAACAAAGUCGAGCGGGAAUUCCACGUAUUCUUAGUUGUACAUCAUUACAAGCUGCUACUUCCUCAUCAUCGUCAUCAAAAUAAAUAAUAUCAAAUUUUCAAAUUUAAGAAUUUUACAUUUCUUCUCUUAUUCAAUGUUUCACAUCGCGGUGAUAAUUUUUCUUUUUACUAUAAUAGAAAUAUAGUAAAUUUGCCAUUUA